AUGGGCCAUCCGGCUUUGGUGCUUCGGCAGCAGCUGGCCAUGCUAUCGAGCGUCCCUGAGCUCCAGGUGCGAGAGCGCGUCAGCUGGUUGCAGGAGGUGACAACCUUUCUUGGGGCGGAGAUCGAGGCACGGAAUCGGUACUCAGUGCAAGAUCGUUUGGGCAAUCAACUCUUCUAUGCCAUAGAGAGGACGGAUUGCCUCCGGCGGCAGCUGCAGCGCAGCUGUUUGCACGAAUGUGCCAGUUGGGAGGUUGACGUUCUCCACACGCCGCCGGGGCAGUACAUGCAGAGUUUUCUGACGAUGCGACGGCCGAUGCAGUGCGUUUGCUGCUGCUUCUGCCGACCCACCGCAGAGGUAUUCGACGAUGUGACGCAGCAGAAGCUAGGUUCCUUCCGCGAUCCUUGUCGCUGCUGCAACUACAACUUCAAGCUCCGAGAUGCCUUUGACAGCGAUGUGCUUGAGGUUCAUGGAGGCUGCUGCCAGCCAGCUGUGUGGUGUUCGCUCCCUUGUGGUCCCUGCUCGGAGCUCUCGUUCGACGUGCUGGAUGCUCGGACAGGAGUCAAGGUGGCGAGCAUCCAGAAGCAAGUGCCCAACGUGUUUACCUGGAUCUUUGCCUCGGACGUGGACAACUACAAGAUCCAGUUCGAGCUUGUCCAGGACCCUGCCUGGAGAGCUCUGCUGUUGUCCUUCACGAUCUACAUGGAUUUCCUGUUCUUCAACUCGCCAAAUCCGACCAUAGAGGAGGAUGUGGGUUCCGCUGUCGCAGCAGACGUGUUUCUGGACUCGUCGACGCCUGGCUGCUGCUGCAACGACUCCAGCAACUCUGGCGGUUGCUGUUGCUGCUGCUGCUGA